AUGACGAGGGUUCCUUCAGUAAUUCUACUCUUUUACCUAUUUGUUGGGACGUACGCUACGGUAAAGUCAAGGCGUAGUCUAGCUCCAUCAUUGGAGCUCGAUCGCCUCUAUUCGCUCCAAGACAGCAUUGCGAAACUGCAAGAAGUGAACGAAAAAGUCCGUUGCCGAAUAAAAGAGUUGCGAGGCCGAUGGAAGCGUUUUGUUGGACCAGCCCAACGACUCAAUGAUCUGAUUGCACCUCUAGCUCUCACCGACGUAGAGCUAACAACAGACUGCUAAACGUUCCAAUCCUUUCGUCAUUUUUCAAUAAAACCCUUUUCCUGUUGUCACACCUCUAUGUACAACUAUUGCAAAAUUUGGUUAAGGAUGUCAGCAUAAGUUUUAUUAUAUUAAUGUUUUAUAACGUCUGAAAAGCAAUGAUUGGUUGAGUCCUGUUUGGCCGUAAGUGUAAUUGUUUUUUCCCG